CAGGAUGUCCAUGUGAUGAUCUUCGUGGGUUUUGGCUUCCUGAUGACAUUCCUCCAGCGCUAUGGCUUUGGAGCUGUUGGCUUCAAUUUCCUCCUUGCUGCCUUCGGGAUCCAGUGGGCUCUCCUGAUGCAGGGCUGGUUCCAUUCUUUCGAGAACGGAAAGAUACUCAUUGGAGUGGAAAACCUGAUCAAUGCAGAUUUCUGCGUGGGUUCUGUCUGCAUCGCCUUUGGGGCCAUCCUGGGCAAAACCAGCCCCGUGCAGCUGCUCAUCCUGACGUUGUUUCAAGUCACGCUCUUUGCUGUGAAUGAGUACAUCCUCAUCAGCCUGCUCCACGUUAAAGAUGCUGGUGGGUCCAUGACCAUUCAUACCUUUGGAGCCUAUUUUGGCCUGACAGUGACCAGAAUUCUGUACCGGCCCAACCUGGAACAGAGUAAAGACAAGCAAGGCUCUGUGUACCACUCCGACCUCUUUGCUAUGAUCGGUACCCUGUACCUGUGGUUGUACUGGCCCAGCUUUAACUCAGCUGUUUCAAACCACGGGGAUGCGCAGCACCGAGCCGCCAUUAACACCUACUGCUCCCUGGCCUCCUGUGUCCUCACCACCGUGGCCUUCUCCAGCCUGCUGCAGAAGAAAGGCAAGCUUGACAUGGUUCAUAUCCAGAAUGCAACGCUGGCCGGUGGCGUGGCUGUGGGGACCGGUGCGGAGAUGAUGCUGACUCCAUACGGAUCCCUCAUCGUUGGAUUCCUCUGUGGCAUUGUGUCCACCGUUGGGUUCGUCUACCUCAUGCCAUUCCUGGAGUCCAAGCUGCACAUCCAGGACACCUGCGGCAUCCACAACCUACAUGCCAUGCCGGGGCUUAUUGGAGGCAUUGUGGGGGCUGUCACCGCAGCUGCAGCCACUGAAGACGUGUAUGGAAAGGAAGGGCUCAUCAGUACCUUUGACUUCACGGGUGACUACAAGGAUCGGACGCCCAGUGUCCAAGGGGGGUUCCAGGCAGCUGGCAUUUUCGUGUCCCUGGCCAUGGCCUUGGCUGGGGGGGCCAUUGUGGGUGCUAUUUUGAAAAUGCCGUUCUUGGGGGACCCUGCAGAUGAGAACUGCUUUGAGGAUGAUGUCUACUGGGAGGUGCCUGAGGAUGAGGAGAGCGGCCUGUACCACAUGCAUGACCCCACCCUCAAACCUGUGACUUCCUAACCCACCUGGGUGGCAUUCGGACUCCUCAGUCUAGCUCUCCAGAGAAGCCAUUGGUGUAUUUCUAGAAAAGGAGGUGCCCUGCGCCAAUCCCCAUCUGGACACAGACUCUUUGAGAGCUUCCAAAAGCCCCAUUUCCUUUCCCACAUUCCCCUCCGUGGUGGGAUAGCCUGGAAGAGGCCCUGUAUACACUAAGCAACACACUGGAGAACAGCCAGUGAAGCCAUAUGUCUGUGCAACGGGCCAGAGGUUUGAAACGGACACUGGGGCAUCUCCCUUAGCACUGCCACGGGGCAGCAGCAGUGGGAGAGGCCUUAGCACCUCUGGGGAGUUCUUUUACUAGGUGCUUGUUGGGUGGGAUCUCUCAGGUUUCAAGUUCCCAGAUUUUACACUGGAACAAUUCAGCUGGCGCUGUGCCUGGGCCCAG